AUGGACAACAUCGACUACAAAGCGAAGGUCGGCUUCGUGCCGGCUGGCGACGGCGGCCGAGUCACAAUCGUCCUCUCGUUUGCGUCGGAAUCCCCUUCGCUCCUCGGAGCCGAGGCGUGCGGCGCCAAGAACGCCCUCGUGAAGGACGUCCCCGCAAAGUCUGGCGCGGCGGCCUCCGACGAGAGCAUCAUCAAGAAAGACCUGGCCGCGGCAGAGGCGCCCGCCGCGGGCACGGUCGACUCGGACAAGGCCACUUCGCUCCUCGGAGCCAAGGCUUGCGGCGUCAAGAACGACGUCAAGGACAUCUCCGUGGCGACGUCUGGCACGGAGGACAUCAGCCCGCCGUUUUGCCCUCAACCUUGGCCACAACUCUCUCUUCCUCAGUCGAUGAAGGGCUGUCGGCUGGGGUGGGCGCUGUCGUGGCUACUUCUCCUCGACUCUGCGCAGCUGUGCGCCAGCUGGACGCCCGCUGAGGGCGCAAGCGUAAAUGCCUUUGCCCGCAAGUACAGCCAGCCAAAUUGCCGCGUCCUGGACGUCGGCGGCAGGGUCAUCCAAGGCGGCCCGAGGAAGACGUUCGAGGCGCGAGGGUGCAACUACACCUCGAUGGACAUCGAGGCCCAUUCGAGCGUCGACGUGGUGUACACGCCCGGCUCGCCCUUCCCGUUCUCGGACGGCGCUUUCGACGUGUCCAUCACGGUGAGCACGUUCGAGCACGACCCCAUGUUCUGGUUGACGAUCCGCGAGAUGGCCCGCAUCACGCGGCUCGGCGGGCACGUCUUCUGCCUUACGCCGAGUACGGGGCAGUACCACGCGCACCCGGGCGACAAUUACCGCUUCCUUCCCGAUGCGGGAGCGGCGCUCGCGUUCUGGAUAGGCCUCGACCUCCACGGGUUGCCGUCGUACCCGCUGCAGCUGCUCGACGUUUACUUGCUUCGCGGCACCCUACACGAGAGCUGCAUGACGUUCCUUCGUACCACGGAGCCGGCGGUCGCGAGCACCCUGCCCGAUCUCGGGAUGCAGUGCGUAAAGGGCUCCCUGAUGAGCGGCACCUGCCACAACAUCACCGGAAGCUCAGGGAUAAAGGGCUGGAUCCAGGGUGCGCACCAGGGAGCUCAGCGGCUGGAGGGUCUUCGAGACUUUGUUGGGGCUCUCCCAACGGUCACGACGGGCAGCUCACCUGGCCGACGCGCGCCGCGCGCGCUACACAUUGGAGGCGUGGGGCCCCAAUCCGCAGAGGUGCAUUCCGCGACAGCACUGCUGGCGGGUCAUGGGUACGUGUUCGAUCUGCAUGACGCGAGACUUGGCUCCGGUGGCCGUGGCAAACGCAGGCAUGCCUCGCAUGCUUACCAGAUCCCGUCCCGCACGGGCGAGUUCGAUCUGAGUGUGGCCAUCUCGACCCUCGAGCAUGACCCUCUCUGGUGGAUGACCGUGCGGGAGAUGGCGCGCGUCACCAAGGUGGGCGGGCAUGUCUACGUGAGCGUCGUCAGCACAGGGCCGUACCAGCCCGCGCCUGGUGACGCGUUUCGCUUCAUGGCCGACUCCCCUGCCGCGAUCGCCUUCUGGACGGGCAGGCCACUGGGAUCGGCUCCAGCGUAUCCGCUCCGCGUACACAAGUCGAGGCUGCUAGAAGGGAAGCCGUACCACCAAUUCAGCAACCCCACGGGGACAAGCACGCUGGAGAUGGUCUUUGCGAGAGUGGAGGACCCGAGCUUAUACUUCACAUGCAAAGAUGUGGCGAGGAAGGAGCGCGGGGGUGCCUGCUAG